GGAGGGGGAAGGGGAGGAGUGGGACAGAAAUUUAGAAAUUACAACGCAGGCAAAAGUUAACAAGAAGGAAGUCCCCCGUGAAACAUUUCCUUUUUAUAGCUGUCAUGUACUUUAACCCUGAACAUGGUCUAUGGAAGAACUCCAAAUCAGUGAUGAGUCUGUUUCAUUUCUUCUAUUUAAACAGAAAAUAGAACACACAUAAAAGCUGUCUUUUUAUACAGCAAACAUCAUAGUGCUGAAGUGACAAAAAUCUAGAGUAGCAUUUGUACUCAGAAGACAGAAGCUGCAGCACGGAACACUUUCUCUUACCCAGCCAGGGUCAGACCACAAGACUACUCAAGACUUCACUGAUGAAAACUCAGCAAAUCUUAAUCACAAACUGUUUUGCCAACUAAAUUAAGACUUUAGAAGAAAAAUACCAGAUGUCAGUCUGCAAAUUGCAUUAACUACCACUACUGGAGACAUUUAGACCCUUCAGAUCAACAGAAUAACCAGGCAGCUAAGAGGAAAUGGAGGCCAUCAGCAACCUCACCUCUGCACCUGGGAACAGCAGCCUGUGUGCCAGGGACUACAAGAUCACCCAGAUCCUCUUUCCGCUGCUCUACACUGUCCUGUUUUUUGUUGGACUCAUCACAAACAGCCUGGCAAUGAGGAUUUUCUUUCAAAUCAACAGUAAAUCUAACUUCAUUAUUUUUCUAAAGAACACAGUCAUUUCUGAUCUUCUCAUGAUUCUCACUUUUCCCUUCAAAAUUCUUAGUGAUGCCGAACUGGGACCAGGACCUCUGAGAACCUUUGUGUGUCAAGUUACUUCUGUCAUAUUUUAUUUCACAAUGUACAUCAGUAUUUCAUUCCUAGGACUGAUCACUAUUGACCGUUACCAGAAGACCACCAGGCCAUUUAAAACUUCCAACCCCAGCAAUCUCUUGGGGGCUAAGAUUCUCUCUGUUGUCAUCUGGGCCUUCAUGUUCUUAUUUUCUUUGCCUAAUAUGAUUCUCACCAACAGGAGGCCCGAAGACAAGAAUGUAAAGAAAUGCUCUUUCUUCAAAUCACAGUUUGGGCUGGUCUGGCAUGAAAUAGUCAAUUAUAUCUGUCAAGUCAUUUUUUGGAUUAAUUUUUUAAUUGUAAUCGUAUGCUAUACGCUCAUUACAAAAGAACUCUACAGAUCGUAUGUCAGAACAAGGGGAGCAAGCAAAGCCCCCAGGAAAAAGGUGAAUGUCAAAGUUUUCAUCAUCAUCGCUGUGUUCUUUAUUUGUUUUGUUCCUUUCCAUUUUGCCCGAAUUCCCUACACCCUGAGUCAGACCCGGGAUGUCUUUGACUGUGCUGCAGAGAACACUUUGUUCUUCGUGAAAGAAAGCACACUCUGGUUAACUUCCUUGAAUGCGUGCUUGGAUCCAUUCAUCUAUUUUUUCCUUUGCAAAUCCUUUAGAAAUUCCUUGAUAAGCAUGCUGAGAUGCCACAAUUCUGGAAAAUCUCCAGCCCGAGAAAACAGGAAGAAAGGACAGGAUAGCGAUGACCCAAAUGAAGACACUCCAGUGUAAACAAAUUACCCAGGGAAGUGCUGCAAUCUAUUAGUAUGAAGAAUCCCUCCAAGGAAAGCACUGUGUAAAAACAUCAACACUAAGAAGAGCUGGAUUCGUAACAGUAUCUCUUCAAUACAUAACUACAAAAUUUCACCUCCUUUUCUAGUCUAAAAAAGCUAUCUCAAAAUGUUUGCAAAUAAUUCAAUCUGUAAUUAUGUAGAAAAAAAAAAACAUGCUCAAUCACCAUGCUGCAUGAAAAACUGCCAAGAAUUAAUUAUUUGCAUAGCUUUUGCAAUGGGUUACCAUAUAGUAAUUAUUGUAAUUUUUUAAAUAUCAUUGAUCACAAUUUUAUUUUUUAUCAACAUUAAAAAAAGGUCAAUCUGAUAUGGCUGAACCCGAAAAUGGUUCUUAAUAUGAUGUAUACACAUCUUACUCCCCUAUCCAAACUCAUAGCCUAUUAUGAGAUUUAUAUAAAUUUAAGUAAGAUAUGUAAAGCAUAACUACUGAUUUUUAAUUAUUAUCAAAAUCUUCUGGGAUUGAAACUAACUGAAAUGGUAUUUCAUGGGACUGAAUUUUUUAAUUAUUCACUAAGAUAACAGAGAUUUAAAGAAUGCCUUCUUACUAAACAGCAGCAAUAGAAAAUGAAAUCACUAAAACUAGGAGAAUUACUUUUAUAAUAACCUAAUAAUAAAAAAGGGAAGUCAGUUUUACUAAUAUUUUCAUAACUUCAAUGGAUAUAGUACCACCGUUCACACUAAUUUUUAUUAACUAGCAUCUAGAAAUACCUGUUGAGCUAAUGAACAUUUCCCUUUACUAGGAAAAAUGAAUGAAACAUGAUUACUGAAACAUGCACAAUGUAAUUACUAUGAAGAAAGUGACUAUUUGGCAUAACUUUAUUUGUAUUUGUGUGUAUGAGAUAAAAAUCUGCAUAAACUCUA